UAAAUUCUGUGUGUGCAUUUUGUUCACAGUGGCCGAGUUGUUGUUUACACUUCACAGUCUUGUUUUUACUCUAGCGACGGACUGCGGUUAGAUUGUUGUUUCACGGGUUUUAUUUUGUUUAAUGUGUGCAUAAAAAAUAUAUUAAAAUCGACAUCACAAACUGUUCACGUACGUUUAAUGUUAUCUUCUGCUCAACCACAAUGAUCGAGAACGCGGAACUGAUAAUGCAGAUGCUGGAGAUGUACCAGAUGUAUAAACAGCAAGUCCCGGUCGAACUUGAGGAAUAUCUCAGGUACGUCGCUAAAACGGGUAAUACUCUGUUCCAAUGGACACUAGUCAAACCGUUUAUUAGGGAAAAAAUUCUCAACGUCAUAGCAGAAUUUACCGAACAAACAUGUUUAGCUGACAUUCCGCCAUACCCAAAUGUGGAUCCGUUUAACUACGAAGCAAUGAAAAACAUGUUGUUGGAACGAUUUGAUACGUUCAACGGACCUCCAUUUACGAUACAGAGGUUAUGUGAAUUAUUGUCGUGUCCAAGAAAGGAGUACAACCGAGUAGAUAAGUUUAUGCGUGCAGUAGAGAAAAACAUUUUAGUUGUUAGCACUUGUGAUUUAAAAGCCAAACGAGAAGAAACCAUUGUUAACGGUUGUCCAGAUCGUUGGGAAAAUGGCAAAGAACUUGACAUUAACAUGGACUUUGUUGAAAAAGCUAACAUUAUUACUGCCGAUCCAAGUGUCCUCAAUGGAAAUGAUACAGUUGAGAGUCUUUUAAAUGAGCUGGAAUCUAUGAAAACUCCAGAAACAAAACCGGAUGAAAAUAAAGAACCUAACCCUAACGACAAUCUUGGCACUCAAGUUUCAGUUCCAGUAGAACCCAAAUUAAGUUCUGAAGAGUCAAAUAAUGUUAAACAAGAAGAUAGUCUUCAAAUUCAGAACACAGAAACUACUGAAGAACUUACAUCUGAUAUCCAAGAACCAGUUACAGAACAAUUAUUAUCUGAUGUACCGAAAGAACAACUAUUUGAAGUAACAGAUACUGCAAUCAAUGAAUCAGGUGAACAAGUAAUUGAAAAGCCAUUAGAGGAAUUUAAAGAUCAACCUAAGGAAAUAAGUUCCAAUUAUGUUGCACCUAAAAUUGAUGAACCAGGAAAAAAUGAGAUUAUAGAGCAAUUAGAAACAAUACCGACAGAACCAGAUCGAGUUGAAGGUUCAAUAAUACACCAAACUCCCGAUUGUGAUAAUAAGUUGGAAUCAGAAUUAAAUUUACAAUUAAAAGAAGUUAUGGAAAGUGUAGAUAAAGGACCAGAAAAUAUGGACGUUCAAAUUGAAAACGAGUCGAAAUGCUUACAGCCCGAAGUAGACUGUGAUAAUGUACAAAUUGCUGAACCUACUGAAAUAGAAAACAAAGAUGGAGAAAAAUCAAAUAUUGAUGUCAGUCCUAUUACAGAAACAAAUAACUCCAAUAUGGAUGUAGAACCUGAAAAAAUUGAAAAUAAUGAAGCCCAAGAUGAGAAGGCCGAAAGUAAAGCAGAGAACUUCGAAACCUGUUCAACGGUUUCAGAAAUCUCAGAAGAGGGUAAUAACAAAUUGACUGAAAUUGAAUAGUCUUAUGUAUGUAUUGAUUUAAUAUAUUUUGUAUUUCAUACAAUAAUUUCUGAAUAAGUUGUUUAUUUUCUGUAUAAAAUCAUUUGCAAAUAAAUAUUUAAAUUUGAUGUAAUAAGAUUUAAUUUCAACUUUAAAAUAUGUACAAUUUUGUUUUGAAUUAAUAAAUGACCUGAAAUAUA